GCGGGGCGGAGCCAUUGUGAAGCCAGAGGCUGAGCUGACCAAGGGAGCUAGGGGUGCGGCUCGGUGCCCCUAGGAGGCCUGCGGACCUGCUACCUUCUCCGGCCUUCCUCCUGGCUGGGGCGAGGUCACUGAGUGGCUGCGGUGCUGCCGAGGCCCAGGUGCAGUGUUUUGCGGCGGCGACCCCCGGGCCGGGGGGCCGGGGAAUGGCGCUGACCCUGGAGACCUCGAUCCCCUGCGCUGCUCUUGCAGCUCAGGCUGCAGAAUUGUGUAACCCGUGACCUCCGGUUCCCCCUCCGCCGCGACUGUAAGGCCACCCCGGCCCUGCCACCCGCGCUGUGUGGUUCGCUGACUUGUGCGCCCACGGAUCUGCUUCGGAGUUCCGCCGCUGGAGAUGCCUCCUUCCUCCAGCGCAGCCAUGUUGGAUUCCCUGACUGUCACCCAGCAACCUCUGGCCAUGCCCCCUGAUGUCCACCGAGCCCCGCCACCACCCCGUGAUUGUGAACCUCAGCCCCUGGCAGGCGCCAUGUUGGCGUCCCUGUCCGUCACCCAGCAACUGCUGGCACCACCCCUGACAUCACCACAGCGCCCGCCCUGCAUCCAGCCUCCUGGACUGUUGUCAUUUCCUGUCUUUAAUUUUUGUGAAUGAACGUGGGCUGGGAGUUUGAAUGUGCGCAUUGGUCAGAGGUCUGGCAGAGGCGAGAAGGAGGUUGCUUCUGACUGAAUAUCUAGCAGGAUGAGCACCUACAACCCUCCCACACUCCAGUAGCUGGCACUGGAUGUGCUGCUGAGGAAAGAUGCCAUAAACUCCUCCGAUCUGGACUACCUGCCCACUGUGCUUUCCUCACCACUCUUCCUAGAGGCCUUCAAUGGAAGACACACACAGAUAUUGAAGGCAAUGGUGGCAGCCUGGCCCUUUACCUGCCUCCCUGUGGGGGCGCUGAUGAAAACCCCUGAUGUGGAGGUCUUGCAAGCUGUGCUGGAUGGCAUAGAUAUAGUGCUGACACAGAAUGUUAGUCCCAGAAGCAGGAAGCUUCAAGUCCUGGACUUCAGAGAUGUGCACCAGGAUUUUUGGGAUGUAUGGGCUGGAAGAAAGGAUGAAGUCUGCUCAGCAAAGACUGGGAAUGAGAAACAAGUUGCAAAGCACAUUCCUAGAUAUGCACUGAGGCAGUGUUUGAAGGUGGUCACUGACCUGAGCCUUGACUUCUCUCUGCAACAACAUCAAACAUGCUUACUACAAUGGGCCCAGCAGAGAAAAGACUCUUUGAGGCUAUGCUGUCUGAAGAUGAAGAUUUGUCACUUCCCAGUGGAGAUUAUCAGGGAGAUCUUGAACAUUUUUCAGCCAAACUAUAUUGAGGAAUUGGAAAUAUACACAAAACAGGACCUAUCCUUUCUAGGUUGCUUUUCACCUUGCUUUGGCCUGAUGAGAAAUCUUCGCAAAUUCCAUCUAAGGGAAAUAAGAUUGAGGAUCUCACUUAGUGGUGUGCUUCAUUUUGCAGAUGUAAAGGACUGUGCUGCCAAACUCCUUUCUCAGUUCUCCAAACUCAACUAUCUCCAACACCUCUCCAUGAAUGGUGGCUACUUUUCCAGUGACAACAUGAAACUGUUGUUCAGAUGCCUGAAGAGUCCCUUGGAGUCCUUGUCUAUGACUGUCUGCCAACUCUCCAAGUCAGACUUGAAACACACGUCAGUGUGUCAGAGGCUCUAUCAACUGAAACACCUGCACUUCGAUGAUGUAGUGCUUCCCAAGUCCUGUUCCAAGAGUCUCUGAAUUCUCCUAGAGAAUGAAUCUGAAACUCUGCAAACCCUGCAGUUAGAGAACAGCAGGAUGAAUGACUCUCAGCUCAAAAUCCUUUUGCCUGCUCUGGGCCAGUGCUCACAGCUCACCUCUGUCAAUUUCUAUGAGAAUGACUUCUCCACUGCUGUAAUAAAGGACCUUCUGCAAUGCAUGGCCAAUCAAAGCAAGCUGGUUGUUGAGCAGUACCCUGCCCCACUAGAGUUCUAUGAUCACGAGGGUUAUCUUAUAGUGGACAGAUUUUCCCAACUGUGUCAAAAUCUCAUGGACAUUCUCAGGGCCAGAAGGCAGCCCAAGACAAUCACAUUUGCUUCAGAAACCUGCCGUUAUUGUUGGAGUCGCUGCAUCUAUGAUAUGAAGACCAGACUUUGCCGUUGCUGGCGGUAAAGAAGAGGUUGAUUCUAGAUGCUAGGACAUGAUAUCUGAGGAAGUACGUUCAUCAUGGGGUUCCGGAACUUUGUGGUUUCAAAUCCAUUGGAAUCAAAAUGGUGUUCUGUGUAUGGAGACCACAAGGGUCACUUGAAAUGAAGAAUAAGAUAAUAACAUCAGGUGUCUAGUAGAAUCAGAAAGACGGUACUGCGUUUCUAAAUGUGCCCCCAUCGGGACAGAAUCGCCAGUGACUUCCCCAUGUUGUAAAUAUAUGGCCAAUUUAUGAAUGUUCUCCUCUCAUGUGCUACCGAGUCACUGACCUCAGUUUUAGGUUUAUGUUCAUAUUAUCCUAUGACAUCAUGAUAUAUGAUCAAAGAAAUUAUCAUGUAAGACAUAUUGGUAGCAUUAAAGUCAAUUAAGACAUUGUAUUUUA